GCAAAGUGUCAUAUUCAGAGACUUUCAUCUUGAUAUGUGUUCCAUUCAGGCAGAAAGGAUGGGUAGCUGCAGAAAGAGAAAAGCAAGUCGAAGAAUUCUGGCAACGGAAAAGAGAAGCCAUGCAAAACAAAGCUCGAGCUGAGGGACACAUGGGUGCACUGCAAAAUGCGGCAGAUAUCUAUGGAGGCAGGCCCAUUUCUGCGAGAGGAAGGAAAUCCAGAAACAAGGAGGAAGAGGAAUAUUUGGCAAGAUUAAGACAGAUCCGACUACAAAACUUUAAUGAACGUCAACAGAUUAAAGCAAAGCUUCGUGGAGAAAAGAGUGAAGCUGGAAGUUCUUCCGAUGGACAAGAAUCAAGCGAGGAGGCAGAACUGAAACGCAAAAAGAUAGAAGCACAGAAGGCCCAAGCAAAUGCUCGAGCUGCAGUUCUGAAAGAGCAGCUAGAACGAAAGAGGAAGGAAGCCUAUGAAAGAGAGAAAAGAGCUUGGGAAGAACACCUGAUAGAAAAAGGAGUAAAGAAUCCUAAUGCCCCUUCCCACGGUGGGGCCAUAGGACACAGUCCUGCACAUGGCCUACAGGAGCAUGGAGCAUCUCUUUCCAAGCCACAGCUUCCACUGAAGCCUGAUCCACCAGUCAUCUCCAUGACUUCUGCUUUGAAGGAAGUGGGUGUGGAAGAAAAUGUAACUCUUACCCAGGAAGCUGAAGAGGAAAUAAAAAAGCCGGAUUUGGCGGUGCAAAAUAAGCGAGAUAUACUGAGAAGAUUGAAUCAAAAUCUUAAAGCCCAAGAAGAUGAGAAAGGAAAAAUGGAUAGUGUAAAACCCUCUGAAUCAGUUUUGUCUGAAGGCGAUAAGGAACAGCGAGAAGACAACUAUCCCCUUAUAGGAGAUCGCAAAAAAUGGGAAUCGGGGGCAGCUGAGUUGGUAGUUCCUCUAGCUCAGUUAUCAAUGGAAGAUACACUCUCUGGAACAGACCGAGAAACUAUGGCGGGGGUAAUUAAAUCGGUUGUUGGCGAACCUCACAGAAAAGUCUGGGGCAAAAGCCCUACUGAUUCAGUCCUGAAAAUCCUAGGAGAAGCAGAGUUGCAGCUUCAGACUGAAUUACUAGAGGAACUAGAUGUUACCCAUGAUGCUGCAGAAGUUAUGGAAGGAGAUAAUCAGUCCUUAAUCAUGAAAGAGAAUAAUGAAGAGAAAGCUGUUUCUCCUGUGGGAGCUAAGUGUGCAGUGCCGGUUGGUAUCGCUGCGUCUGAAACUUCCGUGCCAGCAGAUCCUCAGAGAGCUGAACCUACCCAGGUGCAGUACGAGCCUAUUCAGCUGGAUGAGCCUGAUGAUUUAGAAGCAGAGAUGUUGGAAGAAACGGAAGAAAAUAAAAAGCACAAAACCAAGGAAUUUCCCAUCACUGUUAAUGAUGUGUGGGUAAAAGAGAAAGAGGAUGAUGACUGUUUCCAUGGACCAUCCACCAAUGGAUAUGGUGUUUGUAAUAGGGCACAAUGUGACGGAGGAAAUGAGGUGGCUUCUGAGAAGGUAGCUCUGGACAAGGUGCAGCCACAAGAGGAAGCUCCAGGAGAAACUUCUUCUAGUGACUGCCUGCAACCCGAACCCUUAUUCCAGAGGGUAAUGCAGCCCCCAGUUAUGCCGACUGCCUCACCAGUUCUUUCAGCUCAGUCUUCACAGGAGGAACCCUUGGUACCUCGUUCGCAUUCCAUAUCACCAGCAAAAAAUAUAGGCAAAAGCUCUCUGUUGACAGGACUUUCUACAGGACUGUUUGAUGCAAACAAUCCAAAGAUGUUGAGAACAUGUUCACUCCCAGAUCUUCACAAAUUGUACAAAACUCUAGUUGAUGUGCCUAGUGUAGCAGAUGUACAGUGUCAAGAUGAUCUUGAAAUAGAUGAUACAGAAGAUGAACAAGCCAAAGAAGGACCCUCUGAUUCUGAGGACAUUAUGUUUGGGGAGGCAGAUACAGAUUUGCAGGAACUCCGGGCCUCCAUGGAACAAUUACUUAGGGAACAACCUAGUGAGGAAUGCAGUGAAGAGGAGGAAUCAACUUUAAAGGCCAAUGCCAUAGAGUGCAUAAUAAACGGUACAGAGCUGGAUGAAGAAGAUGAAAAUAACCCCAGCAGUGAAAGUGCACUUAAUGAGGAAUGGCAGUCAGAUAAUAGUGAUGGAGAGAUUGCCAGUGAGUGUGAGGAAUGCGAUAGUCUCUUCAGCCAUUUGGAAGAGUUGAGAUAUAACCUGGAACAGGAAAUAGGCUUUGAGAAAUUCAUUGAAGUGUAUGAUAAAAUAAAGGCUAUACAUGAAGAUGAAGAUGAAAAUAUUGCUGCUUGUUCAACCAUAGUUCAAACUAUUCUGGGAAAUGAACACAAACACCUGUAUGCUAAAAUACUUCACCUAGUAAUGGCAGACGGAGCCUACCAGGAAGAUAAUGAUGAAUAAACCUGACUCAGGAAAUUCCUUAACGCUGUACUAUAUAACAGUGUUUGGAUUCUGCACAGUGGAAUAACAAUUAGCAGGAAACUGCACCAUGGGGCAGGAAAAAGAACAUGUAAGAAAAGCAUGGUGAUGGUAUGAAAAAG